CCAUUUUAUUCCAUGACUUGCAAAGGUUAUUUUAUGUUUUUGAAUGAAAAUAUGGCUAGGUGGUCUUAAUUGCUCGUUUUUCCUUAUAUCACUGCACAUCCAAUAGCCCAACGUGUGUGUGCAUUAUGUGUAUGAGAUAUUCUAGUCCGAACGAAGAAAAAAAAAACAUGAGGAGACUUGCAUGAACCCCAUAAUUAGGAUUACCCGACAAUGAAGUGACAUUGACAUUGAUUUUAUAUAUAAAAAGCGACAAGCCAUGCCAUCCCAUGGUUCAAGCAGAACAAUUCGCGGUCCUUUUUCUUUUCCUCUGUCAUGAAUGAUCUUUUAUCCCAUGUACCUGUCAAUUUACCUACGACUGAGUCCGACAGCAAGCAUGUCACCGAAACAGACGCUGCACAAGCAUUGCUGCAGCUGCACUGCCCAAUGUAUACGCACGCCUCCACAUCAUUGACAUCUUUAGCCUCUCAAUUAUCGGUAUCAUCCAUUUCUUCCAGUCCUUCAUUGUCUACAGCUUCGUUUGCAUCGUCCACCGGGCCAACCGGUCCGAAUCCUACCCCCUCCUUGAAUUGUUCGUCACCUCAGACACGCCUUCCGCCAUUUUCACAGCUCAUCUUUUCUCCCGAUGAAUACCAUCCCGCCGAGCUGUACCCAUCGAUCCACCAUCCUGCAGCGUCCUACGAACAGUUACCUACCGCUCAGGACCAUACGGCCUAUUUCCACAGUGACCGCUACAUCGCCGAGCCUCACGUCAAGGAACCAUGCGCUCCCGAAUUUCGUCGCACCAUUACGCGCAAGAAAGCCAUGCGAUUUAUGGAUAUGGCAUUUAAACAGGGUCAAACAGAAACGCACAUGGCGGAAACGCCUCGAUCCGUGCGUCGAAUGGCGACCAUGACACUCGGUCGGAAAAGUUGGCGGAACCACGAAACAGGCAAAAGUUUCGGAAAUACAUCUAAAAAACGCGGCAAGAAGGAAGAAGCGCCUCCGGUAUCGGGCAGUGAUGGGUAUUCCAGCAGUACCGAAAGGUUAUUGUGCAAACCACGGUGGCAAGACGCUGAACGUUUGGAACUGUUGGAAGCGAUUGUACAAGACAAGCAAUUGAAUAAUAUGGCCACGUUUCGAUGGGACCGUAUCUCGAUGGCGGUCGGCCGGGCUAAAAAGGCAUGCAAGGAUCAAUGGCGACGGGAGGUCCUGCCUGCCCUAAUGAAUAGUCUAAAAGCACCCACGGUCAUUAUUACUAAAAGUUCUACCGAUAAUGAUUCAAAAUAGAUUAAUAAAGAAAAAAAA